CUCCGACAGAAUAGGGGCCCACCGAGUCUUCAGCAGGCGCGUCCGCUCUCUAAACUCGCUAAAAUAAGGGGAUUCUCGGAGCUGCGCCGCUUCCUGAGCUCGCCGAGCGCGGCGCUGAGGCCUGCACCGGAGCCGAGCCGCCGCCGGUUUUGGCGGGAGUUCUGCGCGUGUGUUCCUCCCCCGUGCAGCGAGCGAGGGAACUGGAGGAGGGGAGCUGAGCUGGUCGCAGGCGGGAGAGGGAGCAGCAGACUGGUGCCGAGCAAUAACAACACAGGAGAGAUACAUUUUGGAUUUCUGGAGAUUUCCUUCAUAUUCUGCUGCUGCCUCUAAACUUAUCCUCUAAAAGAUAACAUGACUCGUGAUUUCAAGCCUGGAGAUUUAAUUUUUGCCAAGAUGAAGGGAUAUCCACACUGGCCUGCUAGGGUGGAUGAACUUCCCGAUGGGGCCGUAAAACCUUCCAAUAACAAAAUGCCCAUUUUCUUUUUUGGCACCCAUGAAACAGCUUUCUUGGGACCAAAAGACAUAUUCCCAUAUGAAGAGAAUAAAGAGAAAUAUGGGAAACCAAAUAAACGGAAGGGGUUCAAUGAAGGAUUAUGGGAAAUUGAUAAUAAUCCUAAAGUCAAGUUUUCAAGUCCUCAGAACUACUUGGCACUCAUCAGUGCUGCUGAGGGAGAGGCAGAAGAAGAGACACUAGAGGGCUUGGAAGAAAACGAGGACGCAACAACACCCAAAAAAAUGAAGACUUUAACACCAAAGAUUUCAAGCAAACAUUCUGAUGAUACAUCUUCCAGUGGACUAGGGUCUCCAGAGAAAGAGUUAAAUACUUCAAAGGAAGAAAGCGAGCACCUUUCUGGCAAUGAUGCUCUACUUGCUCCUCCUGUUAUAGUCAAAGGUAAAAGAGGCAGAAAAAGAAAGGUGGAUAUUUUGGCAGAGGCAGAGCGAAAUGCAGCUGCCUCUCCACAGACACCGCCCAAGCCUAGCCCAAAGCGUGGUAGACCACGUAAGUUGGCCCAGACGCCCGUGACGCCAUCUCCCAGCCCUGUCUCGACUCUGCAGAGUUUUCCUUCAAUAGCAUCCCCAGAAGUUACACAGAAGAAACCUAGGGGGAGACCAAGGAUAAUAAGGCCACCACAUUCACCAGAACCUGAAGUGCCAAGCGAAGAGGAUCAGAAUAAAAAGAAGGCAUUGGAUAAUAAACAUCAAAAGCAGCAGCCUGUAAGAAAAGAGGAUGCUACUGAAGAGGAAGAAGAAAAACAAAGACAAGAAGCCAACAAAAAGGAAGCCGAAACGAAGAAGAAAGUUACCAGCAAAGUUGAUGCAGAUUCUGAAGAUGAUGAUCAGGAAGAAGAAAAGAAGGGAAAAGCUGGAAAAUCUUCUCAAUCUGCUCAGAAGAGAGGCCCAAAGCCUAUACAGGAAAAAGAAGUUGUUGAGAAGAAAAGGAAACUGGAAGAUAAAGUAGAGUUGGAAAGCAAAGAGAGCAAAAAAUCAGAAGUGAAGAAGUUUGACAAGAAAAAAGAAGUCUCCAUAGAUUCCAGACUUCAAAGGAUACAUUCUGAAAUUAAGAACUCUUUAAAAAUUGACCACCAGGAUGUACAUAGAUGUAUUAAUGCCUUGAAUGAGUUGGCCUCUCUUCAGGUCACCAUGCAGCAAGCCCAGAAACAUACAGAGCUAAUCACUACCCUGAAAAAAAUACGGCGGUUUAAAGCCAGCCAGGUGGUAAUGGAAAAAGCCACAAUGCUUUACAACAAGUUCAAAAACAUGUUCCUUGUUGGUGAAGGAGACUCUGUAAUAACCCAAGUUCUUAAUAAGUCUUUAGUAGAACAACGGCAACAGGAGGAAGCUAACAAAGGCAAGGAGCCUGGGAAGAGGGGACCUCAUAAGAAAGUGGAAAAAGAACACACCUCUGAUAAAAAAACAGUAAAUGGUGGCCGAGAAACACAGCAGCAAAUACAACAGAAUGGUGACAGUAGUGAAGAAAAUGAUAAGGAGGGCAAAAGUACUAAACGCGAUGACUCUGCCUCAGACAACUAGUGGAGAAAGAAGAUCCGCCUCUUUGGGAGAACUUUUGUGACAGUUUUGCAACUGACUAUUUUAGACUGCUCAGUGUUUUAAAUCAUUUCGUAUAUACAGUAUUUAGGUAUUUUCAAUGAAAUACCUUGUUCAGUGGAGGCAAAACACUUUUUUAUCUAAAACGGUGUUUCAACCAUUCUAAUAGAUUCUACAGUUAAUCUGCCUUUCCGGAACUCUUUGCUUGUGCAGUACAUUACACUUUAUUCUAUUCCAUGUCGUGCAGUUUAGUUGAUGUCGCCAUUGUUGCUGCCAUAAGACAUCCGUUGAAUUAUGAUUAAUACCUGUUGGACGCAUUAAACGCUACUGGUACAUAUAUCCUGUAUAGUAAAUAAAUGUUUGGCUAAUGCUAGUUCCAACAAAUCAAGAGAAUCAAGGCAGUUUUCCAGUGUUCCAAAUUUUGUCACAGUAACUUUUUGGCAGUUUUGUAUAGAGGGCUAUAUGAAGGUACUGGAUACCACCAUAAAAACACAAGGAUGCUCAUACCAAAACAUGAUGGUAAUAUUUUGUAAACUGCUCAUAUUUCUACUUGCAUUCCGUUUUCUUUUCCAUUUGCAUCCAAAGCUGUUGGAAAUUCUUAGUUAAAGGGUUCUGUCACCCCAAUUUUUGCUAUUUAAACAGGCU